CGGCGCGGGGCGCAGUCGCUCCGUGUGCGGGGACCGCGGCGUGUGGGAGCGCCGAGACAAGACACCCCGAGUGCCGCGAGCUGCGACAAGAUGGCGGCGUGGGCGGCCGCGUGCGUGCUGCUACUGGUGCUGCUCCUGGCGGCGUGCCUGUGGACGAGGGCGCGCUCUGCGCAUGCGCGGCGGCUGGCGGCGCAGCUGCCCGGACCCCGCGCCCUCCCGCUGCUCGGCAACCUGCGUGACGUGGGCAUGCUGACCCUCCGGCCGAGCCUAGAAGGGUUCCUGGAGAGGGUGACGGAGUUACGCAGAGCGCACGGGCCUGUCUUCAGGAUGUGGAUCGGCCCGGACCUCUUCGUCGCCGUGUGCGACCCCAGCUCGUGCGAGGCUAUCCUGAGCAGCCAAGAGGCGCUCGACAAGGCCUUGAACUACAGGUUCCUGUUCCCGUGGAUCGGCCGAGGACUGCUCACCUCAACAGGCGCCAAGUGGAGGAAGCACAGGAAGAUCAUCACGCCCACGCUGCACUUCAACAUGCUGGAGGGGUUCGUGGACACGAUGAACUCCAAGGCCCGCAAGCUGGUGGACAAGCUGGCCAGGCACGUCGGCGGAGGGCCCUUCGACAUCCAGCCCUACGUCACCCUCUGCUCGCUGGACGUCAUCUGCGAGACGGCCAUGAGAACCAGCGUGAACGCGAUGGACGACCAGGACGGAGAGUACGUGCGCGCGACGAGGAGCAUGUCCGCAGUGGUGAUGAACAGGUCCCUUUUGCCCUGGCUUCAGCCCGACUUCCUGUUCUCCAUGGCGACGCAGUGUUCGGCGCAGAGCAAGGCGCUGAAGGUCCUCCAUGGCUUCACGAACCAGGUACUUAAUCGUAGAAAGUCCGAGUUUGCAACAUCCGGAGCAGACAAAUGUAGUGCAGCCGAAGAAAACCAAGAUCUAGGUGUGAAAACGCGCAAAGCCUUUAUAGAUAUGCUCUUAGAAGCCAACAGCAAAGGUGCUCAGAUGUCUGAUGAAGACUUGCAGGAAGAAGUGGAUACAUUUAUGUUCGAGGGUCACGACACCACUGGGUCGGCCAUCGGAUUCGCGCUGUCCUCUCUGGCGUUGAACCCGCACGUGCAGGACAAGCUGCACAAGGAGUUGCAGGAGAUAUUCGGGGACUCGGAGAGAGACGCCACUUCAGAGGACGUGAGGCAGAUGAAGUACCUGGAGAUGGUGGUGAAGGAGACGCUGCGUCUGUUCCCCAGCGUGCCGCUCUACGGCAGGCACCUGCUCAAGGACACGGUGGUCGGAGACCACGUGUUCCCGCGGGGCGCCAGUGUCAUCGUGGGCACAAUCCUGAUGCACCGGGACCCGGAGCUGUACCCGGAGCCCCUCCGGUUCGACCCGGAGCGCUUCCUCCCGGAGAACUGCCAGCGGCGGCACCCUUACGCCUACCUGCCGUUCAGCGCCGGGCCACGCAACUGCGUGGGUCAGAAGUUCGCGAUGCUGGAGCUGAAGGUGUGUCUGUCACGAGUGCUGCGCAGCUACCGCCUGGUGGCUGGCAGCACAACCAACUGCCUGGACGAGCUGUUGCCCGAGCUCGUGCUCAAGAACAGGAAGGGCAUCAACGUCAGGAUUGAAGCGAGGCGGUGAACACCGUUCCCCGUCUAUGAAUAUCACCUCAAGACUGGCAUUUGAACAAUUGCAGAAGUACCCACGUGAUCUGCUUUAACACCGUGUAGUUUCAAAAAUCGGGCUUUACGACCAAAAGGUGAUUUUUGGUGUUUUUUUAAUUGUGCAUUCACAUAUUUUAAUUCUUCUGUACCUGCAAUCAUCAGUAGCAGGACUGACUGACAUCUGAAUGCACCAAUUGUAACUUCGGCACUCUUAAAUUGAAAAAAAAAAAAAAAACUGUGAUACUCAUAGAAACUAGACAGACACGAAACUUGUUUUUCAAUGACUCACUAUCCCCACCAGUUGUCUUAUUAGACUUAUAUUUGCUGUGAUAUUAAGUUUUUUUUUUUUUUUUUUGUUCAGCUGGUAUUCAUUCUUUCGAGAUUUGUUACAUUCGAAUCGGAAUGAUUAUUAUUCAAGAGAAUUUCUUAACACUGUUUAAAACCCUGUAUGUUUCAUCCAAUUAAUAAAAGUUUUUUUUUUAAAAUAAUAUAAAUGAAAAUAGAGAACUUACACUAAAUGCUUAUACGGUAUCACUUUUAUAAUAUCAAUACACAGUUAUUAUUUUACAAUUAAUGAGAUAUGAGUUGGUAUAAUAUACUUUAUUAUUUGUAUAGAUACAUACUUAAAUAAAAAUAUUU